CAAUGGUCAGACUUCUUCUGCCCUACUGCGCAAAAUAUAUUGCUCACAUGGUUCUUGGGACUGACUUCGCAUCAGGAAUAUUAUCAUUCGAUGGGCCUUCAAAAUGCUCUUUGCCUAUCAAUAAAUUGCAUAACCGAUGAAUUUAUUCGAACUGUCCCACUAUUACCUGUUUUUGAUGUCGAAUUGGAUCUCCUCAACUAUGAUGAGCACCUACAGUCACUAGUGAUACCAUUACACACACUAAUCAACUCGCCUUUUCCAGAUGUCCAAAUUGCUGCGCUGAAAAUAUUGAAGUUAAUAACAAAGAACAUGUUGAAGAUACAAAAUAAUCGCAACGAGGAAAACGAUAUAGGAGAUGAGAAAUUUCCUUCUAGUUAUCAAAAACAUUUACCUGUGCCCUUUACGCGAAUUUUGGAUGAUACUAUAACAGACAAUAUUUUAUCACCGAAGUUGCUUAUUUGGGAUGCUUUUAUCAGUUCGCUAAGUCAAUUUGAACUACUCGAAAGAGUGGCGUAUAGCAGUGCUAUGGGUCCAUACAUUGAUCAAAUCAUGCCUCAUCUGUUUAGCCUUCUUCCAGAUCCUCAUUUAUUUAAGUUUUUCUAA